UGCAGACAUAUAGUAAGCCUACAACUCUCUUUUACAACGGAUCGCCAACCUACAACGAUAUCACUGUACUUUAUUUUCUGGAUUCUUCUUUGAAGACAAAUUUGUGUCGUGUUAUUUACUGACUUAAUCCCCAUCGUCAAUCAUGAUUAGACUGGAUGAUAUUUUAGUGCAGAUCGGCGAGUUCGGGCCUUAUCAGAAGAGGGUUUUCGCCAUUAUCUGUAUGAUUGUUUUCACCGCUUCAUGGCAAUCAAUGAUCGUCGUUUUCCUAGCCGCAUCCGUGGACCACUGGUGUGCGGUGCCGCAAUGGAACGAUUUCGACUGCAGCGCCGCCGGUCUCAACGAACAAACAUGCAUGCUCGCCAUGAAGAACGCAAGCAUCCCUGUCAACUACACGAGCGACCACCAACUCGUCUUUGAGCAAUGCAUGAAAUACAACGUGUCUGGGGAGGCUUUCGAUCCGGAAAUCGACCCGUUCCACAAUCCCGGCUGGCCGACAUCGCAAGUCAUGGAAUGCGACAGCGGAUGGGUGUACGACAGGAGUCAAUACAAAUCGUCCAUAAUCACGGAUUAUGACCUAGUGUGCGGAGCAGGAGAUCAAACCCAAGUAUCCCAAUCGGUAUUCUACGCCGGGUAUUUAGCCGGUUCUAUCAUCAACGGAGUACUGGCCGAUAUAGUUGGACGAUGGUGGAUGCUUAUGAUAUUGAUGUUUGUCCGGCUAAUCUCGGGGAUAGCUAUAGCAUUCUCACCCAACUGGUGGAUCUUCACUGUCCUGCGGUUCUUCCAGGGGUACGCUGCUAUCUCUAUUUAUAUCAUCGCCUUUAUCGUAGGAACCGAGUUUGUCGGGCCAUCGAAACGUAAUGUCACCGGUAUUAUCUUCGUUAUCCCUUUUGCUCUCGGCUACAUUUGCCUCGCGGGCAUCGCCUACUUCGUACCAUACUGGAGGACUUUAGAACUUAUUUGCGUCUCCCCGGCACUGAUCUACAUUGGCUUGAUGUUCUUUCUUCCGGAAUCGGUACGUUGGCAAAUAUCGGUGGGAAAGUAUGACAAGGCGGAGAAGACUCUAGUGAAGAUUGCCAACUCGAACAACAUGCCCCUUUCAGGUCCAUUCUUCAGCAGUGAUUUUAAGAAGGAACAAGAGGCCGCACCAAAGGAGAGGCGAGCUACAGGAAUUGAUCUAUUCCGCCAGCCUCGAAUGAGACUACGAACCAUCAAUCUUAUCUUUACCUGGAUGGUGAAUGCCAUGGUGUACCACGGCCUAUCACUAAACACCUCAAACCUCGGUGUCAACGACUACGUCGCCUUUGCAGUAUCAGGAGCCGUCGAGAUCCCCGCUUACCUUCUCUCCGUGGUCGCCAUCGAGAUGAAGUUCAUUGGACGGAGGAUUAGCCUGAGCGUGUGCCUGUUGGUUGCCGGCGUGGCUUGCCUCUCUACAUCCGCCAUACCACCCGGAGCAGCGCUCACAUCAGUUGCUAUGAUUGGUAAAUUUGGAAUUUCGGCAUCUUUCGCCAUCCUGUAUCUGUACACCGCGGAGCUGUACCCAACCAACAUCAGGAGCGUGACCAUGGGGACCUGCUCGAUGUUUUCACGUAUCGCCGGCAUUAUGGCGCCCCUCAUACUCACACUGGCCAAGAUUUGGACUCCACUACCCCUCGUCAUCUACGGGUCUGUCUCAGUGAUCGCUGGCCUCCUCACUCUCUCCCUCCCCGAAACGUUGGGCCACAAGCUCCCCGAGACAAUCGAAGAAAGCGAAAAUUUUGGAAGGAAAUCUGACGCGAACAAUACCACCUCGGGUAAAAAUGGCGUCUACAUUCUUAACCAGGAUGGGCGUGAUGAGAAAGAGAUUAAAGAGGAGAAUGGAGGGGUUAACACCAUGGAUUACGUUAAUCCUUCAUUCAAUAUUCAAGAUGAGAAUGACCACGGCAAACGGGAUAGUGGCGUGCAAGCCAAUCUAUCGGAAAAAUAAAAGUGCUGUACGAACCGAAAUAUCGCAAUGACAUAGUAUUGUUAACACAAUCGAUGAGUAAUUCGAAAAAUCAAAUUUGGGGCAAUGUCAGUAUUCAAUUCAAUUUAAUUAAAACGAACAUUUAUUUUCUUCCAUUCAAUUGAACAACCUUAUUGACAUCUGUUCAAACAAUACAAGAGAUAUAGUUAAAGAACUUGUUUUACAAGGAAGAAGGCGCAAAUCCCGAUUAGCAAAGCUUGUAAUGGGUACGCCCGAAUACAUAAUAUACAUUAUAAAUAGAAGAAAGGAAGAAAGGAAGAAAGGAAUAAAGGGAUAGGCAAGGAGAAGAAGAGAAAAGGGACUUUGGAGGAAUAGAAAAAAAGAGGACUGCAACAUAGUAGCAAUGGAGUGUAUGACAUGCAUAAACAACAUAAUGGCAAGAUAUAGAUGAAGGGUAAAAUGUGGAAAUAUUUGGCUGUAUUUUUUAGGAUAAUAAUAAUACUGGAUUUAUAACCUCUACUUCUGUAUGGGUAUCAAUAUCAGAGUAAUAAAAGACAUUCUUAUCGAAGAGUAAUAUUGUUAUAGUUAU